AUGCCCAGCACAGGCACAACCCUCCUGACAAUAGUUGGCAUAACAACCUCCGUAGGCGCCUACCUAGCCGACUGGAACGAAACCCACAUCUACAAUCCGCGCUGGCCACCCCAUGCUAAAUUCCAUAAUGGACAAACAAUGUCCAUGGGCCUCGUCCUCGGCCUGACAACAUUAUACUACCUCUACCGUCAUGCCUCGACACCUGAACUCAAGAGCCAUUAUGUUCAUACGGCUGCUUGGACGGGCAGUAUUUAUUGGAUCACUCAGUUGAGUGCUUUUCUUUAUCCUGGGGCCUUGGCGGUUGAUCCUGAGUUUGGGACGUUUGCGCCGCAGGGCUAG